AUGGACGUCCGGUCGGAAUUUCUGUCGGGUCAUUCCUUUCGCUCGUCCUCUGCCUCUGCCUCUACCUCUGUCUUUACCAGGCCGGUUGAACAUCGCAAUCAGUCCAGUCUUGGCCGGUAUGAGUCCACGCUGGACGAGUCUGCUCGCGCGUAUCGUACCACAGCUUUGCGACAACUAAAUGGGACCCCCAGGCCUCUGUCUUGGAAGAACCGACAGGCCAAUCAUUCAGGCAGCCGAUCCUCCACGCUGGCGACGCAGCCCGUACUGGUGAGGGCCUAUUCAGGUGGUCCUGCUGAGGAUCCGUCUCCUCCAUCCCGGAUGUCUUUUCGGCGCUCGUUCCCCUUCACCGGGGGCUCGCGUCCCCAGGACCGAGGACCGCAGAUCCCCUCCGACGAAGAGUUCAGCAUCGAUAGCAUUCUUCGCGCCAUCGAACCGAACAUUCGCGGCACGUUAGACUCCAUCGGAGAGAUCUGCGGACGCAGCAAGCUCAGUCUGGCCAACGAAUACGGCAGCCAUAUCGCACCGCUCGGGGAAAUUCGCGCCCCUCCCGGCGGCUUGGUGACCGUCGAGGAGGCAAGUUCGGACAACGAAAGACAAGCUAACGAUAAUGUGGUCAUCUACGACGAUGAGAACAGCGUGACCGAUGGUCGUGAUCACAUCUCGUUCUCCCAUUACGGAUACUUUCAACAUGGCAGACAGCCCGGGUCAAUGUCGUCUCAUGCGGGAUUUCCUUCGAUGCAUCCUAUCUCCGAGGCGGAUGUAGCGUCGACGCAGGCGCAGCCUCACACUCCGCGGUCCGCCGGGUUCAACAUAGGGUCAGAUCAUGAUGCUGCUUUAGGCUUGGUCCCUCCAAGUAGAGAAUCUGCGUCAAAGCCGAGAUCGUAUGGUCGGGCGCUGCUGGGAAAGAAGGCCGUGUCGGGCACAGACCAGACGCAGGGUAUCUUGACGCCGGCUAUUGUAUCGGAGAUUUUGCUAGAUGCGCAAGCAGAUGGCCACUUGAUAGAGUCAACACCGUCAUCGAGACCUCGGACUGGUCGUCUUUCCCCAAAAGGACGUGCUCGCUCUCGGGUUGAUGCCGUCGAAGCCCGGGAAGUCUUCCCUGGAGAACCACCCAAGACAUCUGCCCUAGGCGACAUGCAGGCUCUUCUUAGCUGGCUUACGCAUUUUGCCAGACAAGGGGCAGACUCUGGAGAGUCUAAGCAAACGGCCGAGAUGCGACUGCGGACGAUGCUUGAGCGACAGAACGACCUAGUAUCCCCUGGCUCAAAUUAA